AAUUUUAAUUAGUGGGUAAAAAUACGCGUAGUGACGGGGACAAAAGAGGCUAUUUUGGGGUUACGCAUUUUUGGGGAAAGUUCGAAGAAGCGGGAAAAAGUCGGCGUAGUUGUUUGCGAUAACAAGAGAAAGAAUUCGGCCUAUGUGAACAACAACGAAAAGCGAGGCAACCCGUUAUGCGGCGCUGGGGAUUUUCAUCACUCGUCGCCCGAUCUGGUGACAAAUCUGUCAAGCGUGCAAUGGCACAACAUGGGUGUGCCCAUCCAACAACUUAAUUAAUAAAAAAAUUAAACAAACCAUGAUAUCGUCCGUAAACCAAGUAUUUUAGCUUAAAUGUAGUAAUAAGACCACAAUUUAGACCAAUCAUCGCACUAGAAUAAUAUUUACACUACGAUAUCCGUCGUCAUAUCAGCAAACACGAUGCCAUCGCUUCGAAAACGCGUCUCUAGCUAUUUUAGGCAGCUGAGCUUCCACAACGAGCCCCGCGACAAAAGACACAACAUAAACGAAAAUUCCUUUGUUACGAAGUACCUCCAAGGACAUGUUACUCUGCGCGAGGGCCCCCCGAUCAUUUACGGUAAGAACCCCACCGAUCUCCCCAACUACGAGCUCGGCGAGUACGAAACUGGCUGUUCUUCCAUAAUUGGCUGUUACUCGGGCCCCAAAGGGGGCCUCACUACCGUGAAGCGCACCGAGAAGCACCUGUCGGUCCCCGACCCCGACAUCGACUUCAUCGACACCCAAGACGAAAACGAGCCACCGGCGAAAAAGUCGCCCAAAAGGCCGUCAGGCCAGCCCGUCGAUAACACGACGAUGGUGAUCAAGGUGGCGGGGCAAGAGUAUUGUGUUACCAACCGUACAAAAAAGCACAGUAAAAGUCACAGUCUGGGCAGCAUAUCGGAUUUCCCGUUGGAAAUCGAGACGACGAGAAUUGACAAAGAGUUUUAUAAUAGUAAUAAUAACGCCGACGUUUGCUGUAAGAGCGUCGACAAGGGGGAGAGUACGGACGACAGUGCGGGUAGUUGCGAUAACGAGAGUCGGGCGCAGAAUUUUAGUUUGGCGAAAUCGAAAAGCGAAGGCAAUCCGUUCCACCACAAAAAGAGAGGGAAAAUUAUCAAGGUGGCCCAGAGGGCGAAUUCGAGGGGUGACGACCCCACCAGCCCGUCCACCCUGCACUCCCCCGACGACUCCGCCCUCCCGUCCGAGUGGAACAAGAAGUCGGAGCUCGUCUACGGCAUCUCCGACUCCUUGUACGACCGCAACCAGGUCACCGACAACAAGAACGGCGACCCCAUCGCCGACUGCUUCGGCGUCAUCGCCAGAGGCAACUCGGCCAUCGUGGCCGUCGCCGACGGCGUCAACUGGGGCGAGAAAGCCAGCAUCGCCGCCAAAUCGGCCGUCCACGGCAGCUUGCACUACCUCAACAAGACCAUCUUCAACGACACGAAGCCGUUCGAUAGCCUGACAAUCAAGAGCGACGAGGCCGGGGGCGGCGCCGCCGCCUGCGCCAACCGCGUCGGCAACACGCGCGAGGUCUUCGUGAGUCUGUUGCGGGCGUUCAGCUGCGCGCACGACCUCAUCCUCGAGAACAAGGGCAUGCUGACGACGCUCACGGUGGCCGUGGUGCUGCCGCUGAAGCGGCGCGACGACGUCCAGAGGUUCGUGUGCUGCGUGUGCAACGUGGGAGACACGCUGGCGUACGUGUACUCGCAGCGGCACGGGCUGCGGGAGCUGACGAAGGGCUCGCACGACAUCAACUGCAACAGGGACAUGCGGGACGCGCUGGGGGCGCUGGGGCCGGUGGACGGGAUCAACCCCGAGCUGAGCAACCUGACGCUUAGCAUCACGACGCUGAACAAGGGGGACAUCGUCAUGGUGGCGAGCGACGGCUUGACGGACAACUUCGACCCCAACGUGUGUCGCUUCACGGUCAAUAGUUGCGUGGGGGAGAUGGCGACGAGGGUGUGGCGCGCGCCCGCGUCGUCGGAGCCGCCGGUCAAGCCGCCAAGGCGGAGCCAGAACAAGGCCACGCCUUCGCGGGGCGGCGCUCGCGCGGUGACAGUCGUCGACAACAAAACCAGUAGUCUCCGCAAGCAGAUGUCUAGUCAGCAGAAGGAGAAUGCGGGCUCGAGUUCGACUGCCACGCCACAAGGGUACAAAUUUUUGCGGUCCAAAACGACGAUCGAGGUGCGGUCAGGGGGCGUGGCUAAGCACCAAGUGGCGCGGAACGAGGACGGGAUUCCCUACGUCACGCCUUUACAACGCUACGAACUCCAAUUACUACUAAUCGAGGACGUGCUCAAAAACGGGAUCAGCGGGAGGGAUAGACCCUGCACCACUGCCAAAAAACUGUGCGAGAAUUUAGUCAGUUUUACGUUUAGUAUCACGUCCGCUAAAAGACACACGUUAGAGGAUCCGGAGCUGUAUUUCGACAACCGAAAUGGGGUUCUAGUCGAGGUGUCUCAACAAGAGAAGAAAAUUCGGAGGAAACGGGGUCUGGAGAGGGUGCAGAAUCUCCCGGGGAAGUUGGACCACGUCACGGUCGUGGCGUGGAACGUGGGCAAUUUUGAUAGUCAAUAAGUACUAAUCGUGCAAUUUUGUAACCGAUCCGUUGUUUUUUAGUUAAAUAAGUAAGCCACUUAUUUAUUUUUUUCAGAAAAAAAGAGAGACUAAUAAAUUGAUAAUUCUGU